AUGAGUAAAAUUGUAAGGCAACGUGUUAGCAUGCACGAUGAGUCGACUAGUAUCUCGUUAUAAUCCAAAAGUGUAAAUAAAAAGAAAAAUGCUUAUCAUAAGCGCUAGCCUAUCAAAUAAUUGAUUUGUAUCGUAUCAGUGCCAAAAUCCGUUGGAGAAUACGUCUUUGUUAAAGCGGAUGUGGAACUAAAGUUAGCUCUCUCUUACAUACCUGACCACUGUUUGGGAAGUUUGAAAGAGACUCCUUGUACCUACAACCACAGAGUUACUCGCACUGAUUAACUUGGUGAUGUCUAUUUCUACACUCUCGAACUUCUCGACCAAGACAACUAUUCAAUUGAAUAAAUUAUUAAUAUUCUGUCUCAUAAGGACGACCCAUGCGCUUAACUGGCGAUCCAACUUGUAAACUAAAGAUUUAACAUACUUAAUGAAUACACACAACAUUACUAUAUAUCAAAUGAAGAAUUGUUGGAAGUUGAAUAAAUAGCUAAAGACUACCCAUAUCAAUGUAUAAUUUAAAAAGUGAACAAGGACAAUAGUUCACUUUCACAAAGAAUAGUCAACGAUCAAUUUUACACUCUGAUGGGAGUGACUUCUGAUAUGAUGUUUAACCAUCUCCAUGAAACUAAAACACUCCCCUCAAUAUUUGAUAUAGGUGCCUCAUUAAAGAUGUGGUGUGAUCUCACUAUUGGAUCCAUCUCUAGUGUUUAAUAUUUUGAUCAAUAUAUAAACACAUACGAGGGAGCUCAAUACAAGUGCCGAAUUGAGCAAAGAUAGAUGUUCAAAAGAACACAAGUCAAUCCGAAUUAAAUUGUCUUCAUAGAGUUCUGGAUAUUCAAAUUAGACGAACCGUUGAAAUCCCAUCUAUUAAAUCCCCAAAGACUCUAUCUGAACUAGAUAGACUACUUUAAUAAGAAGAACACAGAGGAGGAAUAUCAACUUUUUUAAAAAUCACUGAAAUAUAUUGAAACUCCCCACUAUAAAAAUUCCCAACCUUGCGGUUAUAAAUUACUCCCUUGGAUUUGA